UUUUUAUUUGUCUGAGUAGUCGCGUUGUCAGCGCUACUUUCUCUCUCUAGCUCCCUGUGUGUGUUUAUGUGUGUAGAUCAGUUGUUGUUUCGUCGGUUUGGGAAGCUGAAUUCUUCACAGGAUCUUUAGAAUCACUUCAUUCUCCAGUCCAACCCGCAACUAUCUAGGUUUUUACUAGGAAGGGUGGGUGAAAUUUCGGAAAGAUGGAGAAGUCUUGCACGCUGUUAGUUCAUUUUGACAAGGGAACGCCUGCGCUCGCCAAUGAGAUCAAGGAAGCCCUUGAAGGAAAUGAUACUCCAGCUAAGGUUGAAGCGCUUAAGAAAGCAAUUAUGCUUCUUUUGAACGGUGAAACCAUUCCUCAGUUGUUCAUUACUAUCAUCAGGUAUGUCUUGCCUUCCGAAGAUCACACAAUUCAGAAGCUGUUGCUGUUCUAUUUCGAGAUCAUUGAGAAAACUGAUUCCAGAGGAAAAGUGCUCCACGAAAUGAUUUUGAUCUGCCAAAAUUUGUUGAACAAUCUAAACCACUCAAAUGAGUAUAUCAGGGGAGUUACUCUUAGGUUUCUGUGUCGAUUGAAAGAAACUGAAGUUAUAGAACCCCUGAUUCCCACUGUAUUGUCUAACCUAGAGCAUCGCCACCCAUUUGUUAGAAGAAAUGCCAUUCUUGCUGUGAUGUCAAUAUUUAAGCUUCCACAUGGGGAGCAGUUGCUUGAUAAUGCCCCAGAUUUGAUUGAGAAGCUACUCUCAUCGGAACAAGAUCCGUCAGCCAAGAGGAACGCCUUCCUUAUGCUAUUCACCUGCGCUCAGGAUAAGGCUGUUAACUACCUGUUUACCCACAUUGAUAGAAUUAUCGAUUGGGGUGAACAAUUGCAGAUGGUGGUGUUGGAGCUGAUUCGAAAGGUUUGUAGGGCAAACAGGGGAGAGAAGGGAAAGUACAUUAAGAUCAUUAUAUCCUUGCUCAAUGCCCCAUCAGCUGCUGUAAUUUAUGAAUGUGCGGGAACUCUUGUCUCUCUCUCCUCAGCUCCAACCGCUAUCAGGGCAGCUGCCAAUACUUAUUGUCAGCUUCUUCUCUCGCAAAGUGACAACAAUGUUAAGCUCAUAGUGCUCGACAGGCUUAAUGAACUUAAAUCUUCUCAUAGGGAAAUUAUGGUGGAGAUGAUCAUGGAUGUUCUUAGGGCACUUUCAAGUCCAAAUCUUGAUAUCCGAAGGAAAACCAUUGACAUUGCCCUGGAACUGAUUACUCCUAGGAACAUUGAUGAAGUUGUUCUCAUGCUAAAAAAAGAAGUUGUGAAAACCCAGAGUGCAGAACUUGAGAAAAAUGGGGAAUACAGGCAGAUCCUUGUUCAAGCUAUUCAUUCAUGUGCCAUCAAGUUUCCAGAGGUUGCCAGCACUGUUGUUCACCUUCUGAUGGACUUUUUGGGGGACACUAACGUUGCCUCAGCAAUUGAUGUUAUUGUCUUUGUGCGGGAGAUAAUUGAAACAAACCCAAAAUUGAGGGUCUCUAUUAUAAUCAGGCUUUUGGAUACUUUCUAUCAGAUUCGUGCUGCCCGUGUAUGUUCUUGUGCUCUUUGGAUCAUAGGCGAGUACUGUCUUUCACUCUCUGAAGUCGAGAGUGGAUUAUCCAUUAUUAAGCAGCAUCUUGGCGAGCUUCCUUUCUAUACUGCUACAGAAGAAGGAGAGGGCCAGGACAAACAGAGGAAUGCUCAACAACAACCGGCCCCUGCAACAGUUUCUUCAAGGAGGCCAGCAGUCCUUGCAGAUGGAACAUAUGCCACCCAGAGUGCUGCCCUUGAAACUGCAAUGUCAUCUCCCACCCUUAUUAAAGGUUCAUCGUUAACCACGGGAAACUUAAGAUCCCUUAUUUUGGGGGGUGAUUUCUUCCUCGGUGCAGUGGUUGCGUGCACCUUAACAAAACUUGUGUUGAGGCUGGAAGAGGUUCAAUCAUCAAAAGUUGAAGUGAACAAGGCAUCUAGCCAGGCCUUAUCAAUCAUGGUGUCAAUGCUUCAACUAGGAAAAUCUUCUGCACUCCCACAUGAAAUUGAUAAUGACUCUUACGAUAGGAUUGUCCUUUGCAUCAGAUUACUUUGCAACACUGGCGAUGAGGCGAGAAAAAUAUGGCUACAAUCUUGUCGACAGAGUUUUGUGAAAAUGCUGGCUGACAAGCAGUUCCGUGAAACAGAGGAACUUAAAGCGAAGGCUCAGGUAUCAAAUGCCCAGCCAGAUGACCUUAUUGACUUCUACCACUUGAAGAGCAGGAAGGGUAUGAGCCAGCUUGAGCUGGAAGAUGAGGUACAGGAUGACCUAAAACGUGCCACUGGAGAGUUCAUUAAGGACAAUGAUGAUGCAAAUAAACUUAACCGUAUCCUUCAACUCACUGGAUUUAGUGACCCUGUUUAUGCUGAAGCAUAUGUGACAGUUCAUCAUUAUGAUAUUGUACUUGAUGUAACUGUCAUCAACCGCACUAAGGAGACACUCCAAAACCUGUGCUUGGAGCUGGCAACCAUGGGUGAUCUGAAACUUGUAGAGCGCCCACAAAAUUAUACAUUAGCACCAGAGUCGAGCAAACAAAUAAGAGCCAACAUCAAGGUUUCUUCAACUGAAACAGGAGUUAUAUUUGGGAACAUCGUUUAUGAGACCUCAAAUGUAAUGGAGCGCAAUGUUGUUGUCCUAAAUGACAUUCACAUUGACAUAAUGGACUAUAUUUCUCCUGCAACAUGUGCUGAUGUGGCAUUCAGGACUAUGUGGGCUGAGUUUGAAUGGGAAAACAAGGUUGCGGUGAACACUGUGAUAAAAGAUGAGAGAGAUUUUCUGAACCACAUUAUAAAGUCUACAAAUAUGAAAUGCCUGACACCAUUGUCGGCACUGGAAGGGGAGUGUGGUUUCCUGGCGGCCAAUCUGUACGCGAAGAGCAUAUUUGGAGAGGACGCGUUAGUGAACUUGAGCAUAGAGAAACAAUCGGAGGGUAAACUGAGUGGGUACAUCAGGAUAAGGAGUAAGACUCAGGGAAUUGCUCUCAGCCUUGGCGACAAAAUCACUGUCAAACAGAAGGGUAGUACUAGUUCUUGAAGGUUGUUAGCUCGUCUACAUGUUUGCUGCCGAAUAAGAUUUCCUUUCUUUUUUCUUUUUAAAUUAGAGUCGAACCAUAAGAAAGAACAAAGAAAGAACAAAAAUGUGUUUUGUUUAAAGUCGGUGGCUCGAGUUGGUCCAUUUUUUGUUGUGAAGCUCAUAUGGUUUCUACUUCAUAUUAUAAUUGCAUUACUUCUAUAGACACAAAACUCUGCAGCAUUGUAUUCUUUGCAAGUACUUGGAUGAUUGAUUAUCUUUCAUUGAA